GGACGACGUUUAAAACCCAAUCAAAACUUACUCGAUUGCGCGUUUCUUAUUCCUGCGGGAGAAAAAUAUAAGAUAUAAAAGAAAGAAAUCGCUCUGUAUUAAAUUGUGAUUUGAAUGGGAUUUUGCCGAAGGAUGCGAUCGUCACAGAUUUUUCCAGAGUUCGUUGCCAAAUUACCUGCUCAAUUUCUUUGCAGCGUGAAUACUGCUUUUGCGGGUUUGGAUUGUGAUUUCUGAAUUCAAGGAAGAAAAUUAUAGAAUUUUCUUUAUCGUCUAAGGAUAAUGAAGAGGGCAGCGAAAAAGGAAAAAUCAGGCAGUCGGAGAUCAAAACGUAUUAGGUUCGCUGAAGGUUGUGAAGAAGAGCUGCGUUUACCGUUAGAAAUAGAAGCACAAUCGUAUCUGAUUUCAGUAAAAGAGCAUUUCAAGAAUGACAGAGGAGAAUAUGCAGAGUUUAUUCAAAUCCUCAAUGAUUUUAGGUCAAAGACAUGUGAUACGAUUGGGGUUAUUACCAGAUUGAAAAAGUUGUUUAAGGGCCAUAAACUUCUUUUAAGUUUUAAUAAGUUCCUUCCAAGAGGCUUUGAAAUCUUAUUUCCUCUCAAAGAAUUUAUACGCAAGAAACACCAAGUUCAGCGUGAGGAAGCCCUGAUAUAUAUUAAAAAGGUUAAGACACGCUUCGAAAAUGAAGAAUAUAUACGCAAGGGAUUCUUUGAGAUACUUACUGGGUAUAUGAAGGGAAACGAGAAGAUCAAUGAUAUACAAACAAAGGUGAAAUCGCUAUUUUGUGAUCAUCAAGAUCUUGUAGAUGAAUUCGCGUAUUUUCUUCCUUCCUCCACAAGUUCAGCUCUUAUAUUGACUUGUGUUAAAGAUUCACAAAGAGAAGACAUAGGCAAGCAAGGAAAAAAAAAUUUAACUUUAAAUAAUAAUUACCCUCAAAGGUCUCAACUUGCUUUGAAGAAAGAUGUGGAAGGAACAUCUGAUGCUGUAGUGAAUGAUCACCCAAAGAAGGGAGAGAAAGAGAAGGAGCUCAAAGAAGGUUGGCAGAGGAAGGAAGAAGAUAGGGGUGAAAAAAUGCCUGCACAUAAUAUGGAGAGUGAAUUAUAUGUUAUGGAUCAGCAUUCUCAUAGAAGGAAUUUGAUAGAUGUUAUUUUUGCAGGCAAUAAUCAAGAGCAUUUGGACUUUUUUGAGAAAGUAAAGGCAAAUAUUGGAAACGUUGCAUAUCGAGAAAUAAUGAAAUGCAUCAAUAUGCACAACACAAAAGUAAUCAAUUCAGAGCAUUUGCAGUGUCUGGCAGUUUCCAUUCUUGGGAAAUGUCCAGAAGUUGUGGAUGAAUUCAAUGAGAUUAUUUCUCAAAGUACAACUGGGAAAGCUGGAGAGGAAGAAUGUACAAAGCAUGACAACAUGGAGAAGGAAAAGGAAAAAGAGAGGAAUUUCGAUGUAAUGCUGGAGAAGGAAAAUGAGAGAACAAAAGAAUCUGACUUAGGAGAGGAAGAAUGUACAAAGCAUGAUACCAUGGAGAAGGAAAAGGAAAAAGAGAGGAAUUUCGAUGUAGUGCUGGAGAAGGAAAAUGAGAGAACGAAAGAAACAAGCUGUGAAGAAAAUAGAGAAAAUGAGAGAAAGGAAGAAAACGACAGGGAAGAGGACAAAGAUAGACACAAAGAUCCACAUCGUAAAUCAAAAGUGGUGGUUAUAGAAAAUGAGAGAAAGAAAGGAAAAGACAGUGAAGAAGAUAUAGAUGGACACAAAGAUCAACAUAAAAAAUCAACAGCUAUCUUGGAUGGCAAUGCUUUCCCAGAUUCAAACAAUGGGAAAAUCACAUACCAAUCCAUGUCAGAGAUGGACCUUUCUCAUUUGGAGCAAUGUACUCCUAGUUACCGUUUGCUACCACAGAAUUUCGUGAAACCCAUUGCCAGCUGUUCAACUGGUCUUGCAGCAGAGGUAUUGAAUGAUAUCUGUGUAUCAGUAGCAUCUGGUACAGAGGAUUACCGAAAACAAAAGCAAAUCAACCCCUAUGAGGAGGCCAUAUUCAUUUGUGAGGAUGACAGAUUUGAGUUGGACAUGGUGAUAAAGAAUUCAGAAGCUGCCAUUAAGCGUAUACAUGACUUACUGGAAAAGAUACAUGACAACGCAAGUCAGACAAAUGCUGAUUUCAGAAUUGAAGACCACCUUACAGCUAUGAAUUUAAGGUGUAUUGAGCUCUUGUAUGGUGAUUUUGGGCUUAAUAUAAUAGAUCUGUUACGUGAAACGCCAGAUCUUUGUUUACCAGUAAUUCUAAAACGACUUCAGCAAAAGCAUGAUGAAUGGGUCGAUUGUCGUACCAGAUAUAACAUAGUUUGGGCAGAUGUUUAUGCAAAGAACUAUCAGAAAUCUCUCGACCACCAUGACUCCUGCUGUAAGCAAAGAGAUACAAAAAGUUUGAGCCGGAAAAGAAUAAGAACCCAUAUUCAUUUAUGAUUUUGAAAAUACUAUGGGGGGAUUCUUGUAUAUAAAUAAUAAUUCUGACUUGUGAAAAGAUAAUUGAGGUUUCCUCAAUCUUGUUGGAAUAUUUUGCUGUGUAAAAAAUGCAUUCUUCAUCUCUGA